GUCUUUGUCUCUUGGUGUUUAUUGUGCUGAGUAGUGAGUGAUUAUGGAUUCUGUGGGGUCUCAGUCCCCUCCUCCAGGUACAGGAGAAUGGCAAACGCAGGCAGCCCAGUCAUUGAGCUGGACCUGAGCUCUAUGAAAGACCCACCAAGGGAUGGACUCCACCUGCUGCCGGCAGAGAUCGAAUCGGAUGGAGAUGCCAACGUGCAUCAAUAUUUCACAGCAGCCAUUCAAGAGAGAGAGGGGGAGAUGCAGGUGUCGUUUCGAGGCCGAGCUCUGCGUGGUCGGGAUCUCCCUGUGCCCCUGGGAUACGUUGGACUCGUUCUGAAGGAGGACCAUGAGCCAUGUCUGGAGGAAGAGGACCGAAGAUUGAGGGUGAAAUCAGCUUUCUCUUCAAUGACUUACUGGAACCUCGAGACUCCUCCGACAGCAGAUGACAGUGUGGUUAUGGUUAUGAGCUGGACUCAGCUUGCCGAAGCCAUUCAUGGCCCAGUGGAAGACCAGUGAGCAGAUUCUGCACCCUCACGAUCCCAUUGCCCCAUCUUCAGCUGUGACAUACGGGACUUGGAGAGAGACAUCAAGACGUGCAGCCCUUGGGAAGCUUGCUUGUGUCACCACCCCCACCCCCCCAACUUCCUGCAGGAAUAAACAGAUUAUUUUCUAAUCACA